AGUUACACUGUAAGCCCUCCUUCCGGUGGGAAGACUAGUUAGUUGACUGUGGUUGGUCAAGUCAGUCCAGUUUUCAAAUAUUUUCGUAGUUAUUUCACUAAAUUGUAGUGGCUAAGACUUUCUUUUUGUAUGCAUGAUCCUCCUUUGUCAUCUUGAAUGGAUACAAAUCUGAGGUAAAGUAGCAUUAGCAUUAUGAACGGGCUGGGUGGGUCAACUUUGGCGCCUUUGCUCUUCUGCACAGCGUGGAAGAGGCUGUUUUAAUGCUUCGUGUUAGACAUCACUAUUAUUUCAGCUUUAAACUUCUGUGGUUAUUGUUUUCCUCUCAACCUCGUUCUCUUUCCCUCCCACAGUACUCAGCCGUGACUAUCUGCAGAGACACAGGGCUUAUCCGAGCUGAGAUGAUCACUGAGCAAUAACAAAAGACAAAAUCACCCUUUUCCUCUUUCAUAAAUAUCUAAUCUCCCCUGGGAAUAAAUCACCAAAAGAUUGGAUGUCAAGUACUUUAGGGGAUAUAUAGAUAGGAGAUGACACCCUCACAGAUACACCCCUAUUAAGCUCCUGAGGACCCCUGGGUAAAUCCAGGAAUUAAAUGAAAUACAACAGAACUAAGAGAAAUAUAAACCUGUAACCUCACAGAUAAAGUUCACAGUUGAAACACAGUUAAGGACAGUUUUGCUGAAACUCCAGUGACUCAACUAUUUGGUCUGCAGAAGCUUAGAAAUAUAUCACUAUCAGAUGUUUGAGUUGGUGCCAUUUAUGGGGGAUAAAAAGAAGAAAUAGGAGAAGCAGCACUCACAUUUAAAGAAGAAGAAUGCCCCCCGAGAUCCAGGUAGUUGCUCGGGCGACUCAAACCUGGCUGCAGUCUUGUUGGCAUGUCCAGGUGCCCACCACCUGGCUGGACGCCUGUGUGGAGUGGCUGCAGGAAGAAGCAGGAGGAGCUGGUCGUCUGUCACAGCAGCAAAUCAACCAGCAGGUAUGCAGAACACUCUCAGUGUCCAGGUGUGAACAACAUGUUUAUGAAUUUUAAUUCUGGCUCCAAGGUCACUUCUAGCCCCUGGCCUUUGACCACUUACAAGCAGGAAGUGCAUUCUGACUGCUGUUUCCUGAGAUUAUCUGGGCUAUUACACCUAUACAUGUUUAAUACAGUUGUGUUUGUCAAAAUAGAUGGAUGAAAAUAUUGAUCUAAAUUACGAUUGUUUAGGCGAUUAAGACUGGCAGACAUCAUCGCCGUCUUAAAUGUGAGAAUAUACUUCUAUGUUUUGAAUCAUGCCUUAAUAUUCACCUCUACACUUAACUUUGGUAAAAGGAAGAGGCCUCAGACGUACACUGUAGAUUUAACAAUUUAUAGUAAUACUGAAGGAGAUUUUUCUUAUUAGACAUGCAUGGAUUGUAAAAGUGUAGGCUAGUACUAAUAUCUAUGUUCAGAAACCAAAUCUGAUGCAGAUUUGUUUUUGCAUUACUUUUUUGUAGAUCCUUGUGUUUUUCCAAUGUGUCAUAAUAUUCAAUGUAUGUAAAUCCCACAUAAAUUGUCAUUUGGAGAUGUCACACAAACUGCAUGCCCCUUGACUUUCUCAGAGGAUGUACAGCUUUCACAGUGACACUAUUUUCUUCCAUGUUUGACCAUGGAAACAAACCAGAGUUUGUUCAACAAGUGAACAAAAACCUUUUGUGAAUCAGCAGUCAGAUAUACUAGCUUUCCAGUGUUAAAUUGACAGAUAAAGAUAAAAUCCAAUAAGAUGUAAGUAAGCAGCAGCUGCUGAUAUUGAUGCAUGGCACACUAUUUGCCAGUGGGUCAGUAUCUGUCAAAAAGGCCAGGAUUGGACAUUCAACAGGUAGAUCAGUGCAUCCCUCUUUUUAUAUAUAAUUAAAGAUUAUAUGUGCCAGGUAAGCUUGGAUAUGAUAGUCAAAUAAAAUGAAAUCCAAACAAGUAUUCAGCUACACUAAUCAGGCCCAAGAGGAUCUAAAGCCUGAGCUACUGUCUAUUUCUCUCAGCUUUAAAAAGAGAGAGAGAGAUAAUGUUACGGUGAGUUGUGGUUUGGAAAAAAAUGGACAACUGAGAAGAGAAGGGGCACCUCAUGAUCUUACAAAUCCAACAGGCUGAAAGCAAAGCUUUGUGUGUGUGUAUGUGUGUGUGUGUACAAACAGCAUGAUUCCAUCCUGUCCAGUGUCAGCUGUACCAGCUGGUGGUGGCGUCAUGUGGGGUAUGUUUUCCAGCAUUUACGCAUCAUUUGUACACCAAAGUGUACCUAAAUAUUGCAGGGAACAGCUGUGUCCCUCCAUAGCCAACAUUUUUAUCAAUUUUCAAAUACAGGAGGAGGCAGUGCUUCAUUUGUCAAAGCACGCAUCAUCUCAUAUUGGUUCCAGGAACAUGACAGUGAUAUCAGAUCAUUCAAGGAGCUCACAUGGUCACAGCAUCUCACUUAAGGAGGGCACUUUUUAGAAAGUUCAGGUCAUUUACAUAAUGACCGGGAGAUGAAAAUUCUGCAGAGACAUUCUGACAUGACUGAGUCACACUGCCUCACUAUUUCAAUGAGAGUUUUACAUCUUUGCCGAAUAAUAUUGUGAAGAUUUAUGUUUUCAAAAAUUUCAUCUGACCCAGGUUCACUAACAAUGUUGCUUUUAGUGUCUCAUAAUUUAAAGUUCAUUCAAAGGUUUUCCAGAACAAUGUUUUGAAAACUUGUUGCAUAUGAUUGAAUAGGAAAUAGUCAGAAGCCUGCUCACCCUCCUCCUCCUCAUGUGACCUGAAAUCUUAGGUGCUGGACCAGUGGUUGUUGACAGACCUGAGAGACCUGGACCACCCUGUUCUUCCUGAAGGGAUCAGCCAGGCCCAGAAAACUGAACUGAGCGGCACCUUCUGUGUUCAGGUACAGGUUUGUUUAUCAUUGAAGUACCUUUCUUAUUAUGAACCCUUUUGUGGUGGAAACAAUACCAGUUUUCUGUGGGGAAAAAAAAGUCUUAAUUGGCCAGAGUUGGUGAAGCUUUGAAAAGCAAACUAAAAUUACUUAUUGAAAAAUUAAAUAUAACCAGAAAACUGCAUGCAAAGGACAAUAUCUAUAUACCCACAGCCUUAACAGAAAGUUACUAUCUAAUACGUACCAACAACACAAGAGUACAAUCACAUAACAGUCCAACAGUGGUCCACUCUGAGUAGGGAAUAGUCAAAUUAUAAUGUGCAGGUGUUCAACCCAUAUAUAUGCACUAUGAAAUGCUGUCAUUUGCAUACCAGGAUAUGGGGGGGUUAUAAUGUAGAUAUUUCAUACCAAGAGUCUACUCCUGUCCAAAGAUCCCCAAAGAGGUAGCAUCUACCUUCUCUGUCACAAAUACUUUCUAUUUCUUCCAUUUCUUAGCAAAAGGUUGCCACUCUAAAUCUUAGAGAGAAAGUACGUUUGUCGGUUUGUUGAUAUAUUGUUGCUCAGAGUUAUACAGUUACAGGUAUGAAGUCUAUCUAUCUAUCUAUCUAUCUAUCGAUCUAUCUAUCUAUCUAUCUAUCUAUCUAUCUAUCGAUCUAUCGAUCUAUCUAUCUAUCUAUCUAUCAUCUGACUGCUUGUAUGUUUAUGAUAUGUAUUCUGUUUAUUUUUCUUAUUACUAAGGUAAUUAAUUUUAAGAAAUGUUGAAUCCAGGCUGACUGAAAUUUCAAUCAUAUAAGCACUCAACAAUGAUUGAUAAGAGGCUAAGCAUGAAUGUUACUGUUUUUUUCUAGGAUUUCAAAAAUGCUGUCCACAUUAUCUUUAAUAUGUGUAAUUAAAUCCAUUUUUAUAAUGGUAAUAUAUUUAGACAUUUCUGCAUUUUUGUUACACUAUUCACUGGAGAAUAUCUGCAACAUUAUUACAAAGCUAACGCAGAGCUAAAGCUGUUGAGUUCUCUUUUUUUUGCUGUGUGUAUGUGUUUAAAUGUGGUUUUCUGGGUUAUUUCUUAUUAACAUUUGAUUGAAAGCAAUUUAGGCCCCAUAUUAGAGCGGUCUGUAUGCUUUCCAUUUUUUUCCUAUUGUUAUUUUAUAAAGUGUGGAAAAUUAUAAAAGCAACCAACAAUGCACAAAAUUAACAAAAUCCCACUGUUCCAAAAAUGAGUCUUUUCAUUUGAAAGAAAGAAAGUGAUUGGAGUUUAGUCGAGAGCUAUAUUCUAACAAGGUACCAGCGCAUUUCAGUUUUCCUUUAGGAUGGAAAAUGAAAACUCAGCUGGAAACCCAGAAACAGUCAUUCUGUGAUAGGUCAAGGAAUUACAGUCAUUGUUAUGUCUUAUUUUGCUACACGGGGUUGCAUAAUGACAUUUCUGUCGUAGCUCCUUUAUGCUGCACACAUCAAACAUGAUAAACACUUACAUUUUCUCUGUUAAAUAAAAUCAAUUAAUGUACAAAGAUCUGUUCCAAAUAUACAAUGUUAAGAGACAGAAGAUGCAUAUUCCUCUCAUGGCAAAGAUGAACAAUUUGAAAAAGUGCACUCUAAGUUAAAUUAUAAUGUAGUACGCAUGAAUGUCACAUUUUCCUGUAAAAUUGAAGACUAUUAUACACAAGGAAAUGUCACAAUCAAAGGUUUCUCUCUGUUAUAGGUUGACUCUUUACUGGAUGUCGGUCAGCCUGCAUACGGUCAACUGCAAAGCUGGAGAGGAAGCGACUGUACCAACGAUGAGGUGUCUGCCGUCACGCAGUCCACACAGAGGCCCUGGGAGGCCAAACCAACCCGUAUGCUGCUGCUGCAGGUAAGAGACUUCUUUGGGGAAAAAAGAGGGUUAGUUUAUAAAAAUAACCGGUGAAAAAUAUGAGACAUAUCAACGUAAAAAAAAGUGAGUCGUCAGCCUCCAUAACCAAACAACCUUACAGUGAAGUUGUUACUAAAGCAUGCCAAAAAUAUUCAUUCAUCAUAGAUAAACCUUUUUAAAAAAAUGAUAAAAGGAGUUAUCCUUUUAUCACCUGAAUGAAUUUGGUCAUUGUGAUGAAGGCAGAGAAGCAGAAACAGCUCCUUUUUCACUUUUACAAAUAUCACCACCUGUAUGUCAGGUGGUAAAUUUUGCAGUCUGAGAGAUCCUUACUUCACAAGGUAGAGAUAGCAAAAAACAAUCAGAGUCAAUGAAAGAUUUCAAAAGUAAGAGUGACAUACAGUAUUUAGAUGCAUUAAAAUUUACUCUGCUCUGCUGCCGUUUACUGAGGCAUGCAAUCUAAAAAUAAGAUGGGAUACAGCUAUCUGAAUCAUUCCAACUGUGUUCACCCCACAAAACCCUCAUGGAGCUCCUGUAAAUGAAAAUAAAAAAAGACACUCCCACACGUCUAUUAUUGAGUGUGACCACCAUGAAGUCUUCAGAGCAUCGCUCAAAGCAAAGCAGGAGAUAAUCAAUGCCAUUGACUGGAGGAACACCCAAUAUCUAUUUAGAAAAAAAAACAACCCCCCAGUGUGAAGAUUAGGAAACUUUGUAAUUUUUUUAACAGCUGCUCUCCUUUGCUGUCUUCUAAAAUGAAACACUCAAUCCCAUCUCACACAUCUCCACUUCAUCCCCACAGAUUGAGCUGUUUGCAUUCUACUUGUCCCUCUGUGUUAAAACAUGUCACAUUAUGUAAAAAGGCUUAUGUCCCUGUGGUGCAAAAUAAAGUGAGGCUGUUUCAUGAACUUUAAAAGCCCAUCUUUUCAACAGACGUCAUUAACAUAAACAUAAAGUUUGUAUGCCAGCUAAUGUUUGCCUAGAAAUUAAUAGGCUCAAGACACUUAUGUGCAGCGAUGGCUCCCUACCUCUGAUCAUUGUGGCACGAUUUAUUAAAGCUCACGAUGUGGAGAGCUCUGGAAGUCCGUCUGAAAUCCUCAGACAUGAGGGAUGAAAUGACAGUGUGUGUAAACAGCUGUUGUUGAGCCUUGGCUUUCCGUUUUUCUUUUUUUCAUUUAUCCGCACAUGAUUGUGAUUGCAAAGCUUUGCAAGCCUAAAUCCCACAAAACUGAAAUACAUUUCAGUAAAUGCAUAUGAAUUGUAGAUAAGUAUUUGUAAGUUAAAGGAUCUACAAUCUGUCUUUCCUACAGUGGACUCUCCUGCACUUAUAUACAUCCAGGCUGUGUGUCUUUAGGAGGUUAGGUGAAACUACAGACUUUUUCUUCUCUUCCUAACUGAAUCAGGGUGGACAGGCACAAUCACUGAAAGCAUAUGAAAGAGUAAAUUGUCGGAUAUAAGGCGCAGACUGUAAUUUUCACCUUAAGUAUUACACUUGUCAUGGCUCUGUGGUUUCUCAAGAAUAGCGCUGGUGUUGCUUAGAAACGUCGCCAUAGUUUUCUUUUUUUUUUUUCUUUUCUCUUUUUUUUUUCAACUUUCCAGCAGACCUUCUGAGCAAGUUCCGCAGUUCUAGGAGUCAUGAGGUGUAAAGACCACCAGCAGUAAAAAUGCUUUGCCAAAAGUCAGGUUAAUAAAGCACAGUGUGAAUGGUUCUCUGUCUCUCUGUGUUGGCCCUGUGAUUGACAGGCGACCCCUACAGUGUUUACCCCACCUCUCACCCACUGCCAGCUUGGAUCUGUUCCAGCCCUCACAAGAUAAGCUAUAGCUGAUGGUUGAAUGGCUGGUCAGAAACACUGUAUUUUUUUUCCAGCUUUUUGUUUCGGAAAAUCCUCGUCAGGCAGUGUGUAUGUGCAGAAGGAAGAGAGAACUGUUUUAUCCAGAUUCACUCUGCCCUGGUGUAAUAUUUACUACAGUUUUGUGGGUAAGAAGCGAGUGCAAAAAAACUAGUUUCUCAAGUGUACACUCAAACCUGUAUCCAAAGGUGAGGGACGUUGCAAUGGCCGUCUUUAAACAUUCAUAAUGUGUCUUUUGAAGCCAACAGGUGACAUGCCUGAGACUAUGUCAGUGUUUUCUACACUCUAAAUAACUUGAGUUUAUUUCGGUGGGAAGGCAUAUUCAAAUUCUUGUUUAGUGUUCGGUAAAACUUAGGCUAUGUUCACACUGCAGGUCAAUUCUGAUUUUUUAACCAUAUGUGACACAUAUCAGAUUUUUUCAUGUAAGUGUGAACGGUGCUAUUCUGAUUUUUUUCAAAUAUGACCCAGGCCUCUUUUGUCUGUGGAUAUAAAUCGGAUAUGUAUCCGGUGUGACUGCAGUGUGGACGCUCAGGCACGUUCAUCUGACCUAUAUGUCAUCAAUAUGCGACAAACGUCACCAUUGUUCGACAACACAAACAGGCGCGGAAAGCAAUUGGUGCUUUGUGCACAUGCGGGUAACUUAACGGACGCAUUCCAUUCAUAUUAGAUGCCGCAUUCGUUGUUGUAAUGUGAACGACUGCACAAAAAGAUCGGAUUUAACAAAAAAUCUGAAUUGUGCAUCAUAACCUGCAGUAUGAAUGUAGCCUUAGACCAAAGAAGUUGCAUCCUAAAACAAAAGCGAAUUGUUGAACGUUGUUACACCUGCUUGAUGCUGACUAUUUUCAGCACAGCAAUAAAGAAGAACUUUCAUAGGCCUGAUUUAAGUCAGAUUUCCUUGAGAGUUGAAUAUUUAAGCAGAGAUUUAACGUGCUUCAUCCCGUUCAUUUCAGGUUCAGUUGUUGCAGGUUCAAUAUGUGGUUUCUGUUGUACAGGUGACUGAUGGAGUCCAGAGCUUGGAGGCCAUGGAGUAUCAGCCUAUCCCUGCACUGAGCGCGGCUCUCAGGUUAGAAACGGUUCUCUGGGACAGUUAAGCAGCUCUGUGCCAUUAACAACUUAAAAGAGACCAUUUUAAAACGUGUGAAGCUUUGUCUUUACUCAAAGCAACCAUUUUUCUUGUUGGUAAAUUACUGAAAGAUGAAUUUUAGAUAAUCAGUAGGAUUUUAAAGGGUAAAAAGAGACUGUUUAAGAGGGAUAUCUGACUCUUGUUACCCUCAGGCCUGGUGUAAAGCUUCAGUUGAAGGGGCCCAUGGUUUGCAGACUCGGGAUGCUUCUGUUGAAGCCGUCCAAUAUCAAAGUCCUGGGUGGUGAAGUGGAGGACCUGGUGGAGAGGAAUAAUCAAGUAAUUUGUUCAGUCAGAUUUAAACGUCUACAUGUUUAUUUGUCUUUAUUUUUGUUUUAUUUGGUAAGAAUGUUGACCUGCCUGACCAAUAGUUGAAGCUGAUUGGGUGAGGGAAGAGUUACCAAGUUACCUCUCUGACAGGGCCGGGUGCUGUGUCGGACUUUGGGACUUCCUGAGGAAGAGCAGCAGCGGCAGCAGCAGGAGGAGGGGGAGGAAGCCCCACCAGCACAACAAGGUGUGUUAUUAAAGCGUGUGUGUCUUAGGUAGUGGAGUUUGUGCUUACUAAGAUUGCUGAUGAUGUUAAAUGACGCCACAUGUUUUAUUUCAGAACGAAUCCUUCUCAUAGUGUUCUGUCCUUCCUUUAGGUAACCAGGAAGUGGAGGACCUUGAACUUGAUGAUGCAGAUUUGUUGGCCAGUCUAGACACCCAGGAGAUAGGGGAGAGGGUCCCUGUUUGGUCUGUUCCAGACAGCGGCUAUGAGACCCGAAGUGAGACCUCCAUUCAGUCCUCCAGAAGCUCUGUCAGGAGCUUGAUCUCCACAGCCUCAUCCAGGUGAGGGUUCGAAAUGUUGGAACUCCUUUGUUUUAUGUUUUAGCAAAAUAUUUUAUCAUCAUCCAGGAGAAAUUGAUCUUUUUCAUCCUACAGCCAGAGACAAACCUGGUGUACUCUGUGCUAUGUGUCUGACAUUGUCGGGUGUCCUUAUGUUUUUUUCUUUUUUCUUUCACCCUGUGGUUUUUAAAUUGCACCAAGGGAGAACUUUUAGAUUUAAAGAGAAGGUUAAAGAAAAAAACAUCAUAUAACCAGACAGAGGACACUUUUAGAACGUCUGUAUGAGUAAAAAAAAAAGUAGUCUUUAUUGAAUCAAAAAUCACAGUAAAGAGCCGUUUCCAAUUAGAGCAUAUGGAACACACAUUUCCUGCACAGUUGGAAACAAACGAGGACAAAUUACCUCAUAAAUCAGGGGUUUUGAUGUGAUGGAUGGAGCCAGGUCUCUUAUUAUAGCAUCAAACACAUACAAGCUGUCUAACAGCAAAUUAUUGACCACUUACCACUGUGUGGCUGCUACCAAAUGCAACACUUGAGAGUUCAGAGGGAUAGCUUCAAUUCCGCUAGACGGUUUUACCCUGUUUUCAGAUACUUAGACAAUUGCCAUGGGCUGUGAUAUAAAUUUUGCAAUUUGACUUCAAGAAUGUGGCGUCAGAAUUUAUUUUUUAUUUUACCUAGAGAUGCACCGAUCCAUUUUUUUCUGAUUUAAUCCGAUAACGAUACCUGGGCUGAGCGUAUCGGCCGAUACCGAUCCAAUACUACUGUUGAAUGAAUGAACGAACUGUAUACCUUGCCCUGUGAGUGAAGGUAUCAGGCUUGACAUUAGCCUUCUUUAAAAAAGGUAACAAAUUAACACAGAUAUACAUUUACUUAUGAACAAAUAACAAAUUGCACAUUAGCACACAGCAAAAGGAAGUCAGACCUCCAUGUAAACCUUUAGUGCCAAAGGACAGACAGACAUAGAAUAUAGGGCGAGCAGAAUCACUGCGUUGUUGUGUCUGAUAUUAAUUAAUAGAAAAAAAAGACUGGAUCGGAACUCUGGAUCGGCAUCAUUUAUCAGAUAUCCAAUCCACUUAAUUUGUUAAUAUCGGAGCCGAUAUCCGAUCCAAAUAUCGGAUUGUUGCAUCCCUAAUUUUACCCUCUUUGGAAAAACAGAAAACUUAGAAUUUGAGUGAAUGAAACUUGAUGAUUUAACAAUGGACCUUAAGCAACACUGUUAACAGUUGCUCUUGUAAAGCUAUCACUGCAUUUUGGGAGUGAAGUCUCUGCACAUUCUUACAGAAACAGCAUGACCCAAAACAGCAGAGGGGGUCCACCCCAAGACCGCCGCCACAGCAUCGGAGAUGAGGAUUCAGACCUCUUUGACCCUGUACCUUCCAGAGGCUCAAUCCAACAAGACAUCCCAGAUCACAACAUAAUCGAUGUAGACUUCCCAGAUGAAGACUUUGAGGAUCUGCCCCUUGAUGAGUUGGAUGGUGUGAUUGUUCAACAAAGUACAGAUGUGAGUAGCAGCAGUGACAGGAACACAAGGAAUCCUACCAAAGCAAUAAAACCACCAACUCGGAAUAGUCCUAGGUCAUUUCCUGGUUCUACUGACUCCAGAUUCACCUCAAAGAGUAGAGACGAUCAGGGGUAUAGCCGGGGAGCUUCAGAGCAGUUCCUCUCUACAUCUGCAAAGCCAAUUUGCCAACCAGCAUCUGUAUCUAAUGAUGAGAGUGAUUUCAUGGAUGUAGACAUUGACUGCUUUCUGCAAGAGGUCGAAACUGUGAGGACUGGGGCAUCAAAUCACCCUGUACAACACAAACCAGGUAAAGGCAAAACCGAACCGUCAAGCUCCAAUCACGGACUUACCAGUAGCUCAUUAAAAACCGAAACCCAUCAGGGACAAAGUUCCCCCUCAAGCACUGCAGAAGCUGAUAGAUUUUUAGCUAAAAAAACAGCACAAAGUGAAAGCUCAGGUCCCGCUCUUACCUUGACCUCUCCACCUUUUACAUAUUUAUGCCUGCUGGAGGAGCAGAUGUCCGAACAAAACAACCAGCCCACAGAGAUCCGUGUCAAAGCUUUUAUUGUGACUCUGUUGGGGAAGCUGAGCAGCAGCAGUGGUCUUUGGCGUGUUUGCGCCACAAUCUCUGAUGGAACAGGUUACCUGGAUGUGGAGCUGUCCAAUGAGGUUUUGACCAGCCUGUUGGGCUUCUCUGUGGCAGAAAAGGCAGCUCUGAAGCGAGACCCUGCUCGAAAAGGAGAACUGGACAUGGGGAUGAAGCGGUGUCAGGAGGAGCUGGUGGAUAUGUGCUGCAUUAUGACCAUCACGGUGGAGCCAGAGGGCAGGAAAGCUGUGGUCACAAAGGCAGACCCAGUCAGUGAUGAAGUGCUUCAAGAGCUGGAGCGCAGGGCGAGAGGAGUGAGAAAAUAAACAGGAGAGUUUGAGGGGAUGUGGGUAAUAAUGAGGAAAUUAUAGUUAGCUGAGAAAUAUAUUGGUCUUAAGCACAGAUGAAAAUGUGCCGGAAAAAAUGAUACAAAAAUAACCAACUGCCCAGUGCCUUGACUUUUUCCCUCAUGCAAGAUAAUUUUUGAGAAUUGUGAUUAACCUGCUCCGCUCCUUUAAAUUCAACAACCAGAAUGUGUGAACUGUCUGAUCAGCAAGCACUGUGUUUAAAUGCAUCCAUCUGCUACAUGUGAAUGUGACAUUCUGUCAUUUGCCAUUAGAGGAAAUCAUUCAUCUAUUCAGGGAGCUAUUUUCAGCUUUAGCUCAAACGCAUCACGCUCGUGAAAGACAGAUCAGAAAUGUAUCCACACUGUAUAUCAACGAUAAACAUACUGGUGCAGCCCUGAGUGGAGCGCAGGAUGAGAGAUGAGAGCAGAGAAUGUGGUGUGAGGAAGAAAAGAAAUUAAAUUCUGAUUGUUGUAAUGAAUUGGCAGCCUUUGCAUUCAUUCAGUACAUCUAUUUUUUUCUGACUGAGAAAUGAUUGAAUAGCCAAGGGCAUUGCAGGUCUUUAUUAAACUCUUUUAGAUGAGAAGGAGAGAAGAGGGGGAUAAAUGAGAGGCCAUGAGCUUUAAUUAUUUACGCUCAUUAUGCAACCUUAUCUAUGGAUUUGUCUUAAAUGAAUAUAUACUGUAUCACAGGUUCAGUUCUUGCCCUUUAUUUGCUGUAUACAGUUGAAUAAUUGUUUUAAGAGUUUCUUCUGUCUUCGACUAAUAAAACAUGUGUUUGAAUGACCUUGCUGUUAAUUUAACCUUUAUUUGUUGUGGUAAACGAGUGUUAUAAUCUUCAAGAUGAGAUAAAUAACCAGACAAAUUAGGCUUAAUUAGCUUUUUAAUGAUUUUAUUAAAUACACCUUUGGGACAUGCGCUGUUUAAGCACACAUAGUAAUAAUUAAAAGCCGCCCUGCAGUAUCUUAAAUCUCCCUUUAAGAUGAAACAUCUCAACGAUUUGUACUACACAAUUAAUCUGUGUCCUUUCUGCUAUUAUAAAACUUAAUUAGUUUGCCGUCUCUCGUAUUUCACUGCCUUCAUUGUGAAAAUGAACAAAACAGACUAAUAAAGGUGCCACAGGGAAUGUAUGUUAGUAUGCAUGUGUGCCUUUAUUUGUGUUUCUGCGCAUGGGGGCCCCACAUGCAUGUUAUUGUCUCACACCAUUGUGUGUACUUCCAUUCAGGUAGCUUGUCUCGGAUCAUUAAGGGCUAAUCAGGUUGAACGUCUAAAUCAGGACCCUGCUAUGCAUGUGGAUAGGCUGUUAUGUGCUAAUGAGGCUGGAUACGAUGGAGGUGAGGGGGAGAAAAGCAA